AUGGCAUAUAAACUGAAGAACAAAAGUGUUUCACAGUCAAUUGAAACUUUGUAUUUAGACGCUAAAUUGGCUGAUGUGAGUUUCGUGUUCGAAAUUGAUGGUGAAACCCAUGAAGUGACUGCACACAAGCUCAUUUUAGCUGCAGCCAGUCCCGUGUUCCACAGAAUAUUCUAUGGACUAAUGAGAGAAAGUCGAUACGUUAAAGUUUCUAGUGCUACUAUCGAUGGAUUCAAAGAAUUCCUGCAGUUUUUCUAUUUGAAACGAGUUACAAUAUCCAUGGAACAUAUCGAAGAAGUUAUAAAUUUGGCCAAAAAAUACCAUAUGUUCGAGUGUAUCAACAGUUGUGUGCGAUAUAUUGAGAGUAAAUUAACGAUGGAAAAUGUAUGCUGGGGAUAUCAAUUGGCAAUGUCGGUUGAUAAUGUCCUGUUGCGGCAAUUUUGCGAGAGAAUGAUCAGCACGUCACCACUGGAUGUAUUCCAAACAGACUCAUUUCUUCGUUGUGAUCGAAACAUUUUGAAAAAUAUCCUGCUAAUCGAUUUGAUGCUAUGCAAAGAAACUGAUGUGUUGAACGCAUGUUUAUCCUGGGCACGAUCUGCAUGCAAACAAAACGAUCUCGACGAAAAUGAUCCUAAGUGCGUAAAAUCUCAACUCGGCGAAUGUUUCUACCUGAUACGAUUCGAUGCAAUGAAAACGGAAGAGUUGGUUGGAAUUUUGGCCGCACAUCGCGAUUUAUUCUCAUCGAGUGAACUGGCGGAUAUUUCAUUCAUGUUUAGUCAAAAUCUACGAUCAAAGCCAUUGGAUUAUUGGCCACGAAACCAAGAGUUGAUGUGCUGGCGAGAGAAUUCAAUCGAAGAUACACCUUACCACAUUCAAAGCAUGGAAUCUCUUUGGUUCACAGCCAAUAAACCACUUCUGUUUGGUGCAUUUUGGUGCAAAGGUCUGUUGAAUAAAUAUUCCCAUAGUUUUUCUGUGAAUUUUCAAUUAACCAUCAUUGAAGUAGAUGACGAAUCGUCCGAAAGCAAUACGCUCUUCACCAAAGAGGUGACACUCAUUAGAAAAAUCAAAACUAGAAUCGCCAUACCACAGCCACUGAUUAUUUUGCCACACAAAGUGUACGAAAUUCGCAUGGAAACUGAGAAUUGUAAUUACUAUUAUCAUUGCGCAUUAUGGAACUCGGAAGUGCAAUUGGAUGACGAUCUCUGUGUGAAAUUCCAUCAAAAUGAUUCAAUUGGGAACAGCAAUCGACGCGGUUUGGUUUCGUGCUUGAGUUUUAAACGACUUUAG